UUUUAUUUAUUGAUUUUUUGGUGCUCUGAGCACCAUGUAUUUUGAUUUUGGGGUGAAGUUUCUCUGUCUUGCGUUAGGAGUUUGAUCAGCUCACAGUUCACGUCGGACCAAUGAGAAGCACAAGUAUCGGCUGGAUGAAGCUGAAGAGCGCCAACCCUUUGGAUCACCCAAUUCUCCAGCCAAACUAUCUCUCCACCGAUGUUGACGUGUCGGAGUUCAGGGAGUGUGUCAAACUCUCCAGAGAGAUUUUCGCCCAAAAAGCUUUCAACCCGUUCCGCGGUCCUGAAGUCCAGCCCGGUCCUCAGGUCCAAUCCGACGCUGACAUUGACGCUUUUGUUCGGCGAAAAGCUGACAGCGCCUACCACCCGUCCUGCACCUGCAAGAUGGGCUCGUCAACCGAUCCGAUGGCAGUCGUUGACUCGAACACACGUGUUUUGGGGAUGGAAAGGCUGCGUGUGGUCGAUGCCUCCAUCAUGCCCAGCAUCGUUAGUGGCAACCUGAAUGCUCCCACCAUCAUGAUAGCAGAGAAAGCUGCUGACAUCAUCAGAGGUCGCCCUCCUCUCGUCGACCCGGGGGUUCCCGUGUACCAACCACCAACGCUUGACACACAGAGAUGAAGAAAGCACGAGCAAAGGGUAAACAGAUCACAAUACCGUCCGUUAUUACACACCAGCAGCGUGUGACCAGCUCACUGUGUGUUUGAUCUGGAGUGGAUCAUUUUGCCGUGGAUCUGAUAAAUGAAUAAUGUGAGUGUUGUAACACACCUGAUUUGCACACACAAGGCAACAUAUCAGUGUUACAUGUUGUCACAUUAACAGUAAUUAUGAAAAAGUGGUCUAUGCUAUCUCAAUUCAAGGCCACAGUGGUGUAAAAUACAGUUGAUUUGAGCAGUUUACAUGUGAAAUUUAGGAUUAGGAGACGUUUACUUUGUCGCUUCCUUAUUUUUCCAAUAAUGAUAUUG